CAUUAGAGAUCCAAGCUAAAACCGGAAUAGACCAACCACUCCGGAGUAAUGGCAGUCAAAGAAAAUCCUUACGAGAGCUUCGAACGUAUCCUCUACUGGCAGCACUUGGUACUCAAGGUGAUGGGUGUGGAUGGAUUCGGACCGAACUUUCGACGUUCAGCGCUCACCUACUUCAUCGUUUUCCUAGCCAAUUUGUUUUUCGUGAUAUCUCUGAUCGAUUUAGUACUGUUUCGACAGGAUGUGUUCAACUUCACAUUUGUUGCGGUGACUAUUUUCUAUGCACUAAUUGGAUUAGGACGUUUGGCUGUUCUCGUGAGGCAUUUGGUUGCCCCAACCGUGCUUGUGCAAAGUAUGAAGACAGUAUACCAAGAUGCUGUACGAGACCCAAUGGAGACCGUAGUUCUUCAAAAGUACACUAACCAACUAAGGCAGUGUGUUAUAUUCUACACUGUAAUUUUUAUGGGUGGCGUAGUCUUGACCGCUUUGCUCCCAUUGCCAAUUUAUUGGUGGUCUGGUGAUAAGAUUUUGCCAUUCGGUGUUGUGCUACCUUUUGUUGAUCCCGAGAGCUCAGAUGGUUAUCAGUUGAACUACAUGUAUCAGGUUAGCUGUAUGCUUUGGACACCACCAGGAUUAAUUGCUUCGCAGAAUUUCUACUUCGCUUUGUCGUUUGCCAUUGGCAUACAGUAUGACGUGCUGGUGCUGAAACUUAAAGCAUUGGAUAAGCUCAUCGUUGAUAAUGUGGACGGUAGUUUGAACAGUGAAAUACGUAUCAAGUUGAUAAAGGUGGUACGAUAUCAACAACGUUUGGUGCAGUUCAUAUCCAACCUCGAAGAUCUGUACUCGUAUCAAACUUUCUUGGAAGUGGCAUGCAAUGCUAUGCAGAUUGUAAUGACGCUGUUUGUGCUACACAUUGUUAGAUCAAUGUAACGAGUCUGCAAAAGCUGUUAUCCUGUAGUCUGUUAUUUCUUUUCAGGAAUUUUGGUUUCCUGGAAUUUUGAUUAUGCUGGUGAGCACGUUUCAACUGUUUCUAUCGUGCAUGCUGGGAACAAUGAACGACGUCAAAAGUGAUCUAUUCAUCCAGGAGGUGUACGAUAUUUCGUGGCACGCAAUGCCCAAGCAAGAACAGAAAAUGUUGAAAUUCAUGCUAACGAAAUCACAACGGAUGCAGAAACUAUCCUGUGGUGGCAUGAUGGCGAUCAAUAUGAAUCUUUUCC